CAUGGCAAGAAAUGUUCCCUUAACUAAAUACCUUUCGGCGUCGACGUGCUUUGUUCGAAAAACGCCAUGGCGCCAUCGACCAAGACCUCGACGCGGUCAUCGUUGCCGCGCCCUGCGCUGGAUGCGAAGAAGUUCAAUCGGCGUCUGACGCUUCAGUGCGGGCGACAGGUCAGUUAUGCCGAAGUUGGCGACCCGCGCGGUUUUCCAGUGAUAUGUCUGCUCGGUAUGCGAGGCCAUCGCUUCCACAGCUGCUUGUACAACAAUCUCGCGUUCAAUCAUGGGAUCCGUCUCUUCUGCAUCGAUCGACCAGGUUACGGCCUCUCGGACAACGUUGCCCCGUCGAACAUUCCCCAUCCGAUUGCGUUCGUGUACAUUGUCGAGCAGUUCUUGACGAUGCUCCACAUUGGGCGGUUUGGACUCAUGGCGCAGUCCGCCGGGUGCAUCUACGCGUUGGCGAUCACAGCGCAGGAAUCGUUCGUGUCUAGAUUGAUUCAACCGGUGAUGCUCAUCGCGCCUUGGGUGGGCAUUCAGAAUCCAGGGACGUUGCCGCUGUUGAAGGUCGCCGCGUAUUGCCCGACCAUCCUGCUCUCCGCGGGCAUCAAACUCAUAGACGUGUCGAACGACUUGACGUCGAUGAGUGCCAAACCAAACUACAUUCUCGCGCCACUGGGCUCGCGACACGCGACGCCUUCCGAGGACGAGUACCCCCGUCCUUCUCACGCGGACAUCUCGGACGCGAUACCUUUCCACGACUUCCAGCAGCGGAUUCAAAGUGAGCCCAACAACGUGCUUCAAGAUGCAAUCUUGUGUCUUGGGAAGAGCCCCGCAGGGUUUGGUUUUGAUAUGCCUCAACUGCAUCACGCCAAGAUUCGGGUAUUCCACGGCGACCGCGACGCCCUCGUGCCGCUGAAAGCCGCCGAAGAAUUCGUGUCCGAGCUCCCUCAUGCGCAGCUACAGGUCGUAGAACAAGGGACCCAUGCGAUACUGUUUGAUGAAACGCUCAUGGACUUUGUGUUUGCCGCUUUGGGGGCUGCUGCCAAAGCUUCCGUGCACCAACCGGGCCGAAAUUGCAUAACUUAACGCAUUCCAAAUAUAGUUCCAUACAUUAGC